AUGGCAACACCACCACCACCACCACCACCACCUAAUCAAAAAAAAUCAAUAUCCGACACCGUCUUCUGCGCCAUCUUCCUUGUGUUAGUUGGUGUAACCAUAGGCACAGUCGUAUUCUUAAUCGUACUCAUUGAACAGCCGCCAGACUUCCCUACUUUCAAAAUCGAGUCGGUCUCCCUAUCGACAACCCCCAACAACAACAAUACGGCGGUGUGGGACCUCGGGUUAUUGGUCGAGAAGCUCCACGGCUGGAAAAUCGAGGAUCUCACCGUGUGGGCCCGAUGCAAGCCUUCGCUGGAGUGGUCGGGGAAAUUCAUAGGGCCCUUUUACAUGGAAGACAAAGACUCGGGCCUCGGAAAUGUGACCUUGGCCACGGUUUUGACGCCUGAACAAGUCGAGUCGAAGGUGCUCGAUUGUGGGGUCAUGUUCAUGGGUUGGGAUUACACAUUUUUUACGGCCUUGUGCAAGAACGUGAACGUCGAGGCGGAGACUGCUGGCCGUUGGAUUAUGGUUGGAGAUGAGUCGAGAUUGUGUCCGCAAAAUGGCAUCAGGGCAGCUGUGGCAGAUGAUGGUUUGAAAGCCAUAGCUUCAGCAGAAUAG